AUGAGCCCCACACGAGAGCACUUCUAUUACAAGACUCGACAUGUCAACGACGCUCAACUGUUGGGACAACCCCGGCGGCGGCUCCAGGCCCACCCCCAUCUUCAUCGACAGGGCUCCAUCAGUGACAAACGCCCGCACCCCUUCGUCAUCAUCGCCGUCAGGGGCGGCGAGAAACAGUAUUUGACGAGCGCGCACGUCGACCGGUCUUGGGCGGGCGCCGAGCUGCGCCUACGCGAUGAGCUCCGGGACCAUGAGCCUGGCGACCCGACCGGCCGCCUGGUGGCUUCACCGGGGCGGCGCUGCCAGAUCGUCAACGCGUGGCAGCCGAUCCGGGUUGUGAAGGGGGGACUACAUCGCCGUGGCCGACUGCAGCUCGGUGCCCGACUCGGGCCUGGUGGCGGCCAACAUGACCGAUGGCAGCCCGGCCCAUCGUACUACAAGGGUGCCAUGCCCCCGCUGGAAGUCUUCCUUAUCAAGUACUUCGACUCAGACGAAUCGGAGGGCCUGGCCCGGCAUGCCCUGUGCUCGGCGUUUGAGAGCCCCGCGUUCGUGGGGGACGAGUCUCGGCAGAGCAUCGUGCUCAGGUGCCCGGUGUUUUGCGCUUAG